AUGGCUUCUACAUGGGAGAGAAAUUUCCAACAAGACACACCACAACACCGUCCAAAAACACCCUCAUUCUCUUCCUCUCUCCUCGACGCCAUUUACCGUUCAAUCGACGAAUCCAACAUCCAACAAGAAGACUUUGUUCUCUGCAAAAGAAACAACGUGGCAAAAGUCGAAGAAGAGAUCGCAAAUCUCCGACGAACAAUCAUGAUCGAGAAAUGGAUGGAGAAUCGAAGCCUUAGCACCAGUCGAAGUUCAAGACCCUUCAAUUCAUAUUCAAGUUCUUCAGAAUCAAGCAUUUUUUCAUCUUCCGAAACAGAGUCAAAACCAUCAAAUUUCAGAGCAAAACAAGCUCGACCCACUGUUCUUGAGAGAUCUGACAAGGCCAUUGAGUUUGAAACAACCCCGAAACGUGAAGGACGGUUCAUGAGAACAAAGUCCAGAGCGUUGAAGAUCUAUGGAGAUUUGAAGAAGGUGAAACAGCCCAUUUCACCGGGUGGUAAAAUCACAACCUUUUUGAAUUCACUUUUCAAUUCAAGAAACGUGAGGAAUUCCAAGAACAAUGAAGCUCUGGAGAGAAAAUCAAGAUCGGUGAAGGAGGAGGACUCCUCAAAAACUACCUGUUUGUCAAAUUCCAAUUUCUCGAGAUCGUGUUUGAGCAAAAAGCCAUCAAACAGAGGUAAUAAUAAAUCAAAGAGGUCUGUUAAAUUUUGUCCUGUUAGUGUUAUUGUUGAUGAAGAUUGUCGACCUUGUGGGCAUAAAAAUAUAUACAAAGACGAAACGAGUCUAAUCCCACCACCCAUUGUUAGAAAAUUAGCUGAGACCGCCAUGGUUAAGGAGCUCAACAACCAGUUCAUGGAGAAAAGCAAUGCAGAAAGAAAGAAUUUCAGAGCUUAUAGUAAGAAGGGUAUCAAUUUCUUUGAUUUAGGAGAUUUUCGUGACGACGACGUUGAUAAUGAUGGUGAUGGUGAGAGUUGUUCGAGCUCAGAUUUGUUUGAGCUUGAGAAUAUUGGUGGGGUUGGGGUUGGGAUUGGAGGGUACAUGGAGGAGUUGCCAGUUUAUGGAACCACUAGUCUGAAAGCAAAUCAGGCCAUCGCUGAUGGAUUGAUUCUCUAG